AGAUAGAGGAUGAGUUCGGUGGCAGUGGCGUCAAUGAUGUUCGCCAGCGGCUGCCGAAGCUUCGCCGUGCCUGGAACGGCGCGCGCGCUUCUCAUCUCGCGCGCAGCUCUUAACAAACACCACAACAAGAAAGCGUUGAGUUGGUGUUUUCGAAGUUCACAUAACAGUAACACUGCGCUCGCCGGUGAAACUGAAUCUUCAACAAUCGACGACGGGAAGUUAACCUCCACCUCUUCUUCCAAUAGCUACCCGAAGUAUGAUCGAUUGCUUCCAUGUCCAUCACAAAAGUAUCCACCAAGAGUUGAACACUUAGUUGUAUCAGAAGGAGGACCUGUCUUAGAAUAUAUAUGCAAGGCUCUGGAUCUUCCUCCUUUGUUUGUUGCAGAUCUGAUCCAAUUUGGAGCCGUAUUCUAUGCUCUUGUUUGUCCCCAGCCUCCUCCUAAUGCUACUGAAGAGCAAAUUAGGAUAUUCAAAGAAGUAACGGAACCAUCGGUUGUGAGAAAAAGAGCUUCCGUCAAAGGCAAAACUAUACGAGAGGCGCAGAAAGCAUUCCGUGUAACUCACGUCGAUCAACUUGUUGAACCUGGAACGUAUUUGCGUGUGCAUGUGCAUCCCAAACGCUUUCCUAGGUGCUAUCAAAUUGACUGGAGAUCAAGGAUCAUAGCUAUCACGGAAUCGUAUGUAAUUUUGGAUAAACCUGCUGGUACGUCGGUAGGUGGCACUACCGACAACAUUGAAGAAAGUUGUGCAACCUUUGCAACUCGUGCCUUGGGAUUGACAACUCCUUUGAUGACUACCCAUCAGAUUGAUAAUUGCACCGAAGGCUGUGUGGUAUUGGCUAGGAAUAAAGAGUAUUGCUCUGUCUUUCAUGGCAAAAUCAGGGAGAAAAAGGUGAAGAAGCUCUAUCUUGCUCUUGCAGCUUCUCCUUUGCCAACUGGAAUCAUUACCCACUACAUGCGUCCUAUUAACAUGGCUCCUCGAAUUGUUUCUCAAGAUUUCAUCAAGGGAUGGCAGCUUUGUCGACUUGAGGUCAUGGAAUGCAAUAAGGUUCCCUGGCCAACUGCUGCUAUUCAAGACAAAUAUUGUGUUGAAGACUGUGGGUGGCCUUCUCAAGAUUAUGCGUAUGAGUGUAAAAUCAACCUUCUUACCGGUCGAACUCAUCAGAUUCGAGCUCAAUUUUCUGCGUGUAAAGCACCUCUAAUUGGUGAUUCUGCGUAUAUGCCAGCUGCAAUUGCAGAGAUGGUUAAUCCUGGACUUAAUCCAUUUGGAAAAUACAUUAAAGAUUUCAGUAGUGAAAGUGAAAAAGAAACGUCGGUUAUAAAUUGGAUUGCACAACAUGGAAAAGAGCCGAGUGUUGCAAUUGGCCUUCAAGCAUGUCAAAUUUCAUGGGAUGAUGAUGAACACUUCUACAAAGCUGGUUCGCCUUGGUGGAGGUGUUAAAAUGGUCGAAAUUUGUGCUUGAGUUCAGGAUAGGGAUCAAUUGUAAAGCUAUGCUUUUGUUUUGCCUCAGUUUUAAAUACAGAUAUUCAAAAGGUGGAAGAGCGGUCAUGGAACAUUGUAUGCUGGUUUAAAAAGAUAAACCCAAAUAAAAAGUCAAAAAAGAAGAGCAGCUUCAUACGGUGGUUAAAUUGUGCGUGCUGUCAUAUACUGGUGAACCUUGUAGCACGCUUUCUAUCAGAAUCCACUCUGAACAGGUAAGCCAAAGGAUAGGUUAUUCACGAAUUGAGACGUCUUUUUGAAAAGAAAAUUUAGUUUUAUAUAUUUUACUUGGAGAUUGAACAACUCUGAAAAAUUUCACACUAAAUGAAAACAUGGCUGAUUAGGCUGUGAUAUUA